AUGACGGCGUUGGGAGAAAAAAUCGCCUGGUUUCGCGACCAACUCGAUCCAGAAGUGAAAAUCUACACACCUGGAUUGACUGCAGACCUGGUUGAACAAUACCUGGGCAGGUUCGACGAGGAACUUGAACAAAUUCACUUGAAAAAUCAAAUUGGACAAAGAAGUUCAAGACAGCAUGCCAGCAGGGAAGAUGCUAUUGAGCACUCACAGAAGUUGGAGAGAGACGAGUACGAAGGAUGUGGAAUUGAAAUACCUGAUCUGUCGUGCCCCAAAAAUUUGGAGUAUUUACGAAGCUGGACUGGUGUGCUUCGUUUCAUUCCUAACAUCACCAUCAAAAGAUUCAGGAAACCAGUUCAGACUAAAGCUGAUCCUUGUCAUGAAAAUGGAGAUGAAAUGGAAGAAAAUGAAACAGAUGAUGCAAAUGCUAAAGAUAUGGAAUGA